UUUUAACAUAUAGAAGAAAGAUGAUCAUUUCCGACCAUAGUUGUCCGAAGUUUUUUUGUUUCUCUUUUGCUCUCUCUGUUUCACACUUCAGUCCAUCGUCAAAACAAGAUUCAAAGUUCCAAACUUUUGUUUCUGUCGUAAGUCCGAAUCCAAAAUCAAUGGGGAAAAUGCUCGUUGAAAUCUGUUUGAUAUCAGCUCGAGGGCUCCGUGUGGGAAUCGGAAUCGGAUCCUCUCUACUGAAACAUCAGUGGUACGCUGUUGGGUGGCUUAAUCCAGAAGACAAGUACUGCACUGCAAUCGAUGCUUCGAGAUCAGACAAUCCUGUUUGGAGAACAAAGUUUGCUACUUUACUCGAUGACUCCGCGAUUCAAGAUUCCAAGUCGGUUUUGCACGUCGAGGUUUAUAGCAGAGAGCCCUUAUUCUUGAGGAAGAGGCUUCAUGGCUCUGCUACUGUUUCCCUGAAGGAGUUUCUGACCAAGUAUAAGCAACAACAGGGGUCUUCGAAAGCUGUAAUUGAAGAAACUGGAAGCUAUCAGCUCAGGAAGCAGAACUCGAGCAAGCCUCAAGGUUUUAUUGAUGUUUCCAUCCGUAUAUCUGCAGAGCAAGAAGACUUUGGGGUUUUUACAGGGGAUUUUGGAGGAGUCAUGCUCUCGAACAACUCCGAUUACAACACUUCAGGACAAGAUUACAUGGCUGGUUCAUCGCAGCAACCAUUUGCUCCAUUGAACCAGCCAAACAAUUCGAACCCAUUCUCAGAUCCACCAUAUAGCCAGUACUCAUCAAUGCCUAACCCUCCUAUGAACAACACCAACCCACAAAUGCAACAACCUUACUAUCCUCCACCAAUGCAGCCACCACCACCAAUGAACUCAGGGUACAUGCCAACAUACAUCCCAAAAUCAGAGAAUGUUACUAACAUACCAUCAUCGUCAUCAUCUGGAGGUGCACCAGGUGGAGCAGGAAGAGGAUAUGCAAGGCCUGGGCCAGGGUUUGCUGCAGGAUUGGGAGCUGGUGCAGUAGUUGGAGCUGGUGCAAGUUUGUAUGGGGGCGGGUAUAUGUCAGGAUUGGACAUACCUUCGACCUUACCUCACCCAAGUGGUUCCAUUUCCAUCGAUCCUCCAUUUUGAUGCAGAAACUGUUUGUUUCAAUGGCUGCAUUGUGAGAUUACCUAAAACACUGUAGAUUGUUCGUAUAUGAUAUGAUGAGAUCUCAGAUCCAUGAAACAUAUAAAUUUGGAGGCCUUUGGUUUCCCAGGAAUUCAAUGAAACUGUUUUUUUUCCGUUGUUA